AUGUCAGCAUUGAAGAUACCACUUUUCAAAAUGAAGGAUCCAAUCCUGUUCAUGUGUCUUUUAGGAGUGAGUGUUGCGGUGCCGGUGUUUCCUCAACAACCUGGGACCCCAGGCAUGGCUAGUCUGAGCCUUGAGACAAUGAGACAGUUGGGACGUUUGCAGGGAUUAAACAUACUUCCUCAGUUUUCUAGAUUUGGCUUCGGGAAAUCUUUCAACCCUCUGUGGCUGCAUGGUCUCCUCCCACCACAUUCCUCUUUCCCAUGGCUACGACCAAGAGACCACGAAACUCAACAGUAUGAAUAUUCUUUGCCUGUUCAUCCACCACCUCUCCCAUCACAGCAGUCCCUGCAGCCCCAACAGCCUGGGCAGAAACCUUCCGCGCCCACUGCUGCAACAGUCCUCCAGGGCACCGCCCCAAAGAUCGGGCCACAGCCUCCGAUUCACCAGGGACUGCCACCUUUGCAGCAAUCUGAUUUACCAAUGGUUCAGCAGCAGGUGGCACCAUCAGAAAAGCCACUAAAGGCUGAGUUACCAGAAAUUAAUUUUGCUGGUCCUCAAGACCCAACAUUACCAGAAAUUGAUUUUGCUGGUCCACAAGGCCCAACAUUACCAGAAAUUAAUUUUGCUGAUCCACAAGUCCCAACAAUGCUCCAAAUUGCCCGUUUGAUAUCUCAAGGACCAGUGACACAAACUAAACAGUCUCCACUUUAUCCAGGAAUGUUUUACAUGCCCUAUGGAGCAAAUCAAUUGAAUGCUCCAGGCAGACUUGGCAUCAUGAGCUCAGAAGAAAUGGUGGGAGGCAGAGGUGGCCCCAUGGCCUAUGGAGCAAUAUUUCCAGGAUUUGGACGCUUAAGGCCGGGCUUCGGGGGAAUGGCCCCCAAUCAAGGCAAGGGCGGUGACUUUACACUGGAAUUCGACACCCCAGGCGCAACCAAAGGCCCUGAGAAGGGAGAAGGAGGCACACAAGAACCCCACAGGCCAGCCGGCAACCCAGCCAACCUGGAGAACCCAACUCUCCUUACAGAGUUUGCACAUGGUGGCCACGCAGGGCUUCUUGCUCCUCCUAAAGGCAACAUUUUCGGUGUAGCUAAGGGCCCUGCAGGGCAUAGCUGGGGAAGCCUCAGGGUCACUCCAGCUGACCCACUGGCGACUCCUGGUUUAGCUGAUCUUUAUGAGACCUAUGGUCCUGAUGCAACCACACCCCCAGGUUUCCAGGAUGAAACCACCACAGAUUCCACAGUGACCCCAGACACUGCACAAACAUCUAUGCCAGUAAACAAGGGCCAACAGCCCCAGAUUAUGCACAAUGCGUGGCAUUUCCAAGAGCCCUGA